CUUGGCGAUAUCAUUGUUGGUUCUGUGAAAGAGGCGAUUCCAAAAGGUAAAGUGAAGAAAGGAAAGGUCGUUUAUGGUGUGGUUGUGCGUGCUGCGAUGCAGAAAGGGCGCGUUGAUGGAAGCCAAGUCAAGUUUGAUGACAAUGCGAUUGUAGUUGUGGGCAUUAAGGAGAAGAAGAAGAAGAAACCGGAGGAGAAUAAGAAGAACAAAGUGGAGUUUAACCAACCAACUGGUACCCGAGUGUUUGGUCCUGUCCCACAUGAAAUGCGGAACAAGAAACAGCUCAAGAUCCUUGCUUUGGCUCAGCACAUGGUUUGAGAGUAUACAUCACCACUAAAAACACCAGUUAUGAUCUCUUAUGUAACUCUCAUCCAUCC